CCGCCAGUGUCGCCGCGGGCGUCGGGGCGCGGCGGAGAUGGUGUGUCCCGCGGCCUCCGCCGGCCGCCUGGGCUCCGCGCUGCCGUUCCUGCUUGUGCUUUUCGACCUGCAGUACCAGGGAGCUGAAUGUGGAAUAAAUGCAGAAGUAGAAAAGCAACUUGAAAUGGGAAAGAAGUUAUUGGCUGCUGGACAGCUAGCAGAUGCUUUGUCUCACUUUCACGCAGCUAUAGAGGGAGACUCUGAUAACUACAUUGCUUAUUACAGAAGAGCCACAGUGUACUUAGCUAUGGGCAAAUCAAAAGCAGCAAUUCGUGAUUUAAGUAAAGUGGUUGAAUUAAAGCAGGACUUCACAUCAGCGAGAUUACAGAGAGGACACUUACUGCUCAAGCAAGGAAAAUUUGAUGAAGCAGAGGAUGACUUUAAAAAUGUGCUCAAAUCCAGUCCUAGCAAUAAUGAGGAAAAAGAAGCCCAGACUCAGCUGACAAAAUCUGAUGAGCUACAGCGCCUGCAUUCACAAGCAUUAUCUGCCUACCAGCAAGAGGAUUAUGAAGCCGCUAUUUCUCUUCUUGAUGAAAUCUUGGCAGUUUGUGUUUGGGAUGCAGAGCUACGGGAACUUCGAGCUGAGUGUUAUAUAAAGGAAGGAGAACCAAGCAAAGCCAUUAGUGACUUGAAAGCUGCUGCCAAGUUAAAGAAUGAUAACACUGAAGCCUUCUAUAAAAUCAGCAGAAUAUAUUAUCAAUUGGGGGACCAUGAAUUGUCACUCAGUGAAGUCCGGGAGUGUCUGAAACUGGACCAAGAUCACAAGCAGUGCUUCUCUCUGUAUAAACAAGUAAAGAAACUCAAUAAGCAGAUUGAGUCAGCAGAGGAAUUCAUCCGAGAAGGCAGGUAUCAGGAUGCUAUCAGUAAGUAUGAGGCUGUAAUGAAAACUGAGCCAGAUGUCCCAAUUUAUGCUACUCGUGCCAAAGAAAGGAUCUGCCACUGCUUGUCAAAGAACCAGCAGGCUACAGAAGCCAUAAAAGUUUGUACAGAAGUUUUGCAGCUGGAGUCAACCAAUGUGAAUGCUCUGAAAGACAGAGCAGAAGCUUAUCUGCUGGAAGACCUUUAUGAAGAAGCUAUUAAAGACUACGAGACUGCCCAAGCCAAUAGUGAAAAUGAUCAGCAGAUUCGGGAGGGGCUGGAACGUGCCCAGAAGAUGCUGAAGCAAUCACAGAAGAGGGAUUACUAUAAAAUAUUAGGAGUAAAAAGGAAUGCUCGAAAGCAGGAGAUAAUAAAAGCUUACAGAAAGCUGGCAUCGCAGUGGCACCCUGAUAAUUUCCAGAGUGAGGAAGAAAAGAAGAAAGCAGAGAAAAAAUUCAUUGAUAUAGCAGCUGCUAAAGAAGUCCUCACUGACCCAGAAAUGCGGCGGAAAUUUGAUGCGGGAGAGGACCCACUGGAUGCAGAGAGUCAGCAGGGUGGGGGAAACCCCUUCCACAGGAACUGGAACACAUGGCAAGGAUUCAACCCCUUUGGAUCAGGAGGAGGACCGUUUACAUUCAAAUUUCACUUCAGUUAGAGCCAAGACUGUUUCCGGUGGCUGCUGCUGUUUUUUACUUAAUUCGGUGAAAAAUAAAAGUCUCUCAGUUCAAGACCCCAAAA